AUGUUGAGGACUGUUCUGGUGUCUCCUGAAACACCGAGGCAGGAUGCAGGCGAAGUGAGGGCCUAUUUCAAUGUGUCACAGAAUGAUCACGUCCUGAACUACUGCCCCAUGAUGUACUACCAGAAGGAGCCUCCCUCCCAGCCAGAAAUGAUUGACAGUACACCCCAGAUGGUACCCUUACAGCCUGGUAUUCAAGGCAGAGAUCUGAGCUUCAGUGAGAAUCUGAGGAUGCCCCCCAGUGGACUAAGGCCUUCUUCAGUUGGAAUCUCAAUGGUUACCCUCACCAGUACUCCCACAGUACCUUAUUAUGGGCCCCCAACAUUACCUUGCAGAACCUCUUUACAGUCUACAAUGUUUUGGGGUCCGACCAUGCCUUCCACUGAGGUCCAGGCUGUACUCCCAUCUGCAGCUCAGAUGUUACAACUUGGAAAUCCCUGUAACAUUCUGAUUCCUCCAGCUGGAUCCCAAUCAUUGCAGACCUUAGAAUCCCAGGGCUCUCUUGUGAAUAAUCCAUCAGGUUUCCACACAGACCUCUUCCUGCCUGAACAGCCCACAGCUGCUCCUCAGAGAGUAGAGAACUUCGGGGCCUGGGGAGGGUCACCCAGAAGGCAACUCUCAGUUCUAAGACCAUACCGCUGCCCAUAUAAGGACUGUGGAAAAGCAUAUAUGAAGCGCUCCCACCUUGUGAGUCACCAGCGCAAACACACAGGAGAGAAGCCCUAUAAAUGCACUUGGGAAGACUGUACUUGGUGUUUCUUCCAUUCUGAUGAGCUUCAACGUCAUAUGCGGAUGCACACCAAACACCGGCCCCACAGGUGUGAUCAGUGUGGCCGGCAGUUCAUGAGAUCUGAC